AUGCUAACGCUGGCAAGCAAACUGAAGCACGAUGAUGGUCUCAGAGGGUCCCGGACAUCAGCCACAGCAUCGGAUUCCACUCGGAGGGUUUCUGUGAGAGACAAGUUGCUUGUUAAAGAGGUUGCAGAACUUGAAGCUAAUUUACCUUGUACAUGUAAAGUGCUUUUUCCUGAUCCAAACAAGCUUCAUUGCUUUCAACUAACUGUAACCCCAGAUGAGGGUUACUACCAGGGUGGAAAGUUUCAGUUUGAAACUGAAGUCCCUGAUGAGUACAACAUGGUGCCUCCCAAGGUGAAAUGCUUGACCAGGAUCUGGCACCCCAACAUCACAGAGACAGGUGAAAUUUGCCUAAGUUUACUGAGAGAGCACUCGAUCCAUGGCACUGGCUGGGCUCCCACACAAACACUGAAGGAUGUUGUUUGGGGAUUAAACUCUUUGUUUACUGAUCUUUUGAAUUUUGAUGACCCACUGAACAUUGAGGCUGCAGAGCAUCACCUGCGGGACAAGGAGGACUUCGGGAACAAAGUGGACAACUACAUCAAGCGCUGCCAGAUGAUGAAGGGGACGCUGCAGGCCCACGGACUGGACGCAGCUUGUCUCCAACGUGAAGCAGCAAGAGGUGGCCCCUUCGCUCCCAUCCUCACGCUCCCUCAGCCCCUCUGGAUUGUCCCAGCCCUGUGA